AUGAUUAUAGGUGAUCUUGUUGUCGUAAUAAUUGGUAUCAUGGUUGUCGUAAUAAUUGGUCUCAUGGUUGUCGUUAAUAUUCUUAUCAAAUUGUUUGUUGUUAAUUCAAUUGUAGGUGAAGGAGAUUUUGUUGUUAAUUUAAUUGUAGGUGAAGGAGAUUUUGUUGUUAAUUUUAUUCUAGGAAGAUAUGAUUUUGUUGUUAAUCUUAUUCUAGGAAGAUAUGGUUUAGUUGUUAAUCUUAUUCUAGGAAGAUAA